AUGUUCAGGAUGCUGUUGGAACCUGAACGCAGUCUUUUCAGCAGUGAUGCUGACUUCUUCCGCAUUAUUGCAAAGAAGUCAUCAGUCCGCUCGUCUGCGAACAUGCCUGAGGCUGAACAGAACCGCGGCAAGCCCAACAGCAUCCUAAAACCAUUAUUAUACUGCACCCUUAGGGUGUCUAUGGCCUUUUUUGAAAAGUUGACCCACAAGCUUCCCGAGUACACUUUAUAUGGACUGACAGUCCAAGAACCUGCCCAAGUCGACCAGCUGAUGGAAACUGUGGAACGAUACAAUCUGGACAUCUGGUCUUACGCCAGUCUUGAGACUGAAGGUCUCAUCCUUGUGGCUCCAGAAUUGAAGCAAAUUUUCGAAGAUGAGAUCUCAGCUAUUGGGAUUACGUACAGAAUUGAUACGGAUAACAUUAAAGAAAAACUGGAUUUAGAAGAUAUGCUAAUGGCUGAAGCACAUAAGAGAAGCAAUGCGAGCAGAUCUGACAGAUUUGGUUUAUCGUUUGACGUCAUCCACCGUUGGGCUGUGGUUGAUAGAUACCUUGUGGAUGUAGCCAACAGGUACCCAAACGUUGCUCGCGUUAUCACAGCAGGACGGAGUGUUGAAGGUCGCGACAUUAAAUACUUGAGACUGUCUUCAGACAACUUCGCGACAAGAACUAAGCCGGUUAUCGUCAUCCAAUGCAUGCUGCACGCCCGUGAAUGGGUCACCCUUCCAGUGGCUCUGUGGGCCAUCCAGGAGUUGGUGAUCAACGUCACCGACCGGGACCUCAUCAGAGACAUUGACUGGAUCAUUCUCCCGAUCGCUAACCCAGAUGGCUAUGAAUUUUCGCAUACUCGCACUCGUAUGUGGAGGAAGAACCGUAGAACAGGCCAGUUUCCCUCCUCUUGCAUUGGUGUGGAUCUCAACAGAAACUUCGACUUCAUCUGGGGAACUUCUUCCAGCAACAGUGCUUGCAGCGACACCUUCCACGGGCCCAGACCCUUUUCCGAGCCAGAAGCUGUAGUGACCAGAAACAUCCUAAAUGAAUUCAGAAGUCGGAUUUCUCUGUUCCUCGAUGUCCACAGCUUUGGUAGCUUGAUCCUCUUCGGUUUCGGCAACAGACAAUUGCCGCCGAAUGCCUUAUUACUUAACAGAGUUGGGGUUUUGAUGGCUGAAAGGAUAGAUGCUGUAAAAUGGCCGCAGAACCGCGAUUACAGAGUUGGUAAUAGUGCUCAGGUUCUCUACAUGGCUUCUGGUGUUUGCGCUGAUUAUGCUCAAGUUGCUAUUGGCAAUGGGCUUUCUUUCACUUAUGAGUUACCAGCUCAUAGAAAUCUGAACAAUAUUAACGGGUUUCUGGUAGACCCUGCGUUCAUUCGCCAAGCUGGUUUUGAAACUUGGGAAGGCAUCAAGGAAGCAGCGCGCUACAUUCUCCGGAACAGAUUGUAA